UUCCCUACAAUAAAAAUAGAAAUUCCUUCAGGCAGUGCUCUUGGGCAAAAAAUCUAUCUUUCUUUCUCUCUCUGUCUCUCCUCUCCUAGGGUUUGCUUGGUUUUGCUUUUUAAUGCGAAAAGCAUAACAGCAGCAACUUAGUGUUUUUUCAAAACAAAAACUCCUUUUUGGCUCUCGGAUCCCAAUCACAAUCCGAAUUUCUUCUCAUAAUUCUUUACCUACUCUGCUCCUCUAUCUGUUUCGGUUUUUUGCAAAUCUAUCAUCAAAUUCAGUAUAUAAUGAUUAAAAACUCAAAAUCAAGGCUGUUCGUGUGCGUGAACGCCGUCGUAAUCUGCCAGAAUCUUCGUGUCUUAGGUCCUGGCUUGAAUCCCUUUGCACCUUACUGCAUAGCCAAUCAUUCUCGCUAAUUCUCUUCUCUCUUCUUCUUGUUUCCUCUGUUUAUCGAUCUUUCCAAUUAUUUGCUGUGUUUUUUUUCAAGAUCAUGUAAGCAAAACUUCGGACCUCCUUUGUAAUCCGAACAAAUUUAAUUGAAUUAUCGUUGUUGUUUUUCUUUUUCUAUUAUCGUGUGUGUGUGUGUGUGAGAGAUUUGGUAUGGUAAAUAUGCUCGAGGAGCUGCCUCAGCGACAGGAGCUUACAUCUUUGUUUCGUCGAAGCUUGUUGAGACGUCGCUCCAUAAGGUCUGGAGGAGGUGUUGAUAGGGACGAUCGAGGAUGGACUCUGCUCCAUAUUGGUGCUCGCAAAGGCGAUCUCAAAGAGGUGAAGCGGCUUCUUGAUGAAGGGAUGGACGUAAAUGUGGCUACAUGGGGCCCCAAAUCAAAAGGGGUCACCCCCCUCCACCUUGCUGCUCAAGGUGGCCACCUUGAAGUUAUGGAUGAAUUGCUAGAGCGUGGUGCUGACAUUGAUGCUAGAACUAAGGGCGCUUGUGGCUGGACACCACUACACAGUGCUGCGAAAGAAAGGAGGAAGGAAGCUGUGAAAUUUCUGAUAGAGAAUGGUGCAUUCAUGCCAGAUGACAUGAAUGACAGCAGAUUUAACCCACCACUUCAUUACUGCCCUGGUCUUGAGUGGGCUUAUGAGGAGAUGAAGCGUUUCAGGCAAGAUAGCUCAUCAUCAUCAGUAGGUGAGACUUCCUGCAGCUCAGAAAGCUAAAACCUUCUCAUUGCUAUGGCCUUGCAGUUGCAGAUAUCUGCUACUAUCGGUGUUUGCGUCUGUUGAACCUGGACGUAGAUCAUGUAAUCAAUCUGUUCUUUGUUGUGUGCUUUGGCUUUUUAUAUACUACUUGUUUGUAUCAGAUAUUUGACACCUGGGAUGUUAAUGAUGACUCAACUCGAGAGUUAUAUUAGUACGUUGUUAUGUAGUU